CAUAGUAAGAGGAGCUAACUGAUUUCACACUGUUAGUACACGAGAUAGACAAUAGACAUGGCUGAAACACGUAUAGUUUCCCGAGGAAAUGUUUACAUGCAGAUGUUUGAUGCUCAGACUCAAUUGUCCCUGUCUCUUCAUGAGGGGAAGAGGAGGAGGCGUGCUGCACAUGCAGGUUGUCUGAGUGACGAUAACCCCAUUAGUAGGAACACACAUACUGGAUACCAUCAGCAUCCUCUAAGGAGUCAAACUGGGGCUGAGCAGUGCUCUGAGGACAUCAUGAGAAACCAGCUGUUUUCAGGAACGGAGCCUGUAUUUAGCACAGACCAGGAUGAUCGUGAAGCAGUCAGAGGACUGCCUGACAGAGUUGUUUCUGCAAAGACCGGCUCAGACAUCCUCGAAAGACUCAGGAAGAAAAGACAAAGGAAACACACAGAAGCUCUCACUCAGCUUCAGAGGGAUCUUGCUGAGCUCAGUGCAGGCUACGAGUCAUUGUUGAGAGACACUGGAGAAGAUUUCCUUCUCAAACUGUCAGAAUGUGAUGAGGAAGUGGAGAGACUGAUGCAGAAAACAGAACAUGAUGGUGAUUUAAUAGCCUUCAGCUAUCAGGAUCUACAUGAGAUUUGGACCUCUGUGAGCCAUGAAUCUGCUAUGAGGAGAAACUGUAUCCAGGAGUUGGAUGAGCUGAUCGUCAAAUAUGAGACUGAACGAGCAGCAGUGAUUUCUGCACUCCUAAGGAAAUACACAAUGAAGCUUGAAAAAAUCUGUUAUUUAAUGCCCAGUGAUGUCCACCGACUAAUUAAUAAUGAAGCUAUGAUGAUAAAUCAGGCAUUACUGGCUAAUAAAAGAGCUGUAGCCAAAUUACAUUUGAACCUGAUGGAGAAGGAUUUGCAGAAAGAGGUUCAGUGCAGGCUGAGAUGGGAGACAAAGCUUCAGGACUGGAAAAAAAUCAAGGUUGUUGCUGCAAUCAGCCAGUUUAAAGACUUCCUGAACAGCCCUAAGAUUCAAAACCCAAAAAAUGUACAAGAUGCUUUAAACACCAUGCGGACACAACAAAAAGCAUACAGCGAACAGCGCCUCAAAAUCCUCGAGCAAGUCAGAAAUAUGACCCCUCCAAACUGCUCAGUGUCAUUGGCUGCUGAAUGGUACUCCUCUUUAUCUUCAGUUAAUGAGCAGAUUGAUGGCACACACUCUGAGACUAUGACAAAGCUGCGUGAAUAUUUUGAAAAUACCUGGCAAGACUGUUACCUGGAAGUUGAACACUUUAAGAGUGAAGUGUCUACUUAUGGAGCCGCCUCAGAUGAGAUACAGCAAUUUGUUAAUAGUGAGAUGGUGCCUCUUAUUGGCAAGUUCCAGACUCAAGCAGAGGAGCGUUUAGCAGCAAUGAAAAAAGCAUUUGAGGGUUUGGCCGAAACUGCUGCAUUCUUGAGUAAGUCUAUGUUCGAGUUUGUGCACGGGGCAGCUAAAGUCUGGGAGCUGCAUAGUGCACGUCUGCAGAGGACAGAGCAGCAGCUGCAGGACUCUCUCAAAGAAGUCAGCAAGGAUUAUGAAGAAAAGAACCAAAAAAAAGAGGCUCAGCUGGAUAUGAUGUUGGACAAACUCAGGCAGGAAAGCACAGAGAAGGCCCUCAAGGCUACAAUGGAGCAGAUCCUUAACAUUUUAGAGCAAAUUAAGGAAGGGUUUGUCAAUUUCUAUAAGGAAGGACUUGUUAGAGUGGAGAGUUAUCCUGAAAUGGUCCUUAAAGAAAUACACACAUACAGCAUAGCAGUCAGUCAGUACUUCAAGGUCAAUGAAAUAUACAGUCAGCCUAUGCUGUAG